AUGUGGUUAUCCAACAAGUCCCUUUGGACUUCUGUUCUUUUGGGAACGGACAUUGUUCAAUCCGCUAUCAAGACCGACGGAUCCAAACCUGUCGAUCCUGUCAAUGAGGAUGACCCGUCACCUAUCAGUGACAUCAAUACGUACUAUCCGGAUCAACAUGAUUGUCCACCUCCAUGUGCCGACUAUUCGAAUCCUCAUAGUUGGAUUACCUACCUAUCUGCUGAGAGACUCGAGCGCUGCAAGGAGCCUAUGCUGCUGCAGCUAUCUGUCUCUCAACCUGUGGAUCAGCCUGGUUCAACUGUGAUAAUUCGCAGCUGUACCUAUGGCCCAAACUCCACAAACUUCAUGGCGGCCUCCCAGUCUUCUGUGGAUAACCCCAAGAAGUCGUCGAAGCUCUAUCAGGGCGGUUCUCUGAGAACCGCUGCUGCUUGUGCUAUUGAUGGAGAGCCUUCUGAUGUCCAACUUCUCCUUGAUGAAAGUGGAGACAAAACAGAUGGCUCUCGAGUUCUCAAGCUUUUGGAAGGAUUGCGGAAAUUCUUUGAGUUGCAGGACAACUGUGACGAAAACUUCCUGUUUUCUUACCAUCAGCAGACCAUUGCUGGUAUUUUCAUUGGAAAUGGUCUCGGGAAGCCGACUGCAAAGUCAGCGAUAGAAGCAAUUUCUCAAAAGUUUCGUCCCGGCAGCUCUCCCUCAGAGCUGACAACCAUCGAACUCUGCGGUGGAAAUCGCAAGCGUGAGCAAGUUUUUGGUAUUUCCAUCAACGCUCAUGGAAAUCUUGCGGAGGUCCAAAAGCAGCUCAUGGAUUGGAGUGAAGGAAAGUGUGCUUUGAAACCAGUUUCUCUGUCUACAAAGCGAAUCUCAGGUGUCAAGAUGUUCGACAUCAUUGGCAUGAAAGGUUUCGAGAACACCGAAGACCCCCCCUCGACUCCAACACCAGAACCCACUUCAAGGCCGCAAGAUGUCAGUCCUCGAUUUCUUGGUAGUCUGUUCAGUAAGCGCGCCACUUGCAAACACAUUCAGGUUGUAUCAGGUGACAGCUGCGCAGCCCUGGCUGCUCGCUGUAAUAUCCGUGGCAACGACUUUCUCAAGUACAAUCCACAGAAGAACCUUUGCUCCACCUUGAAAGAGAACGACUAUGUUUGUUGCUCUUCUGGUGACCCCUUCAAGCCAGAGCCUCCCAAGCCAAGCGCAGAUGGGACAUGCGCAACUCAUCUUAUCAAGGACGGCGACACUUGUGAUUCACUGGCGAGAAAGGCUGGAGUCACUAUUCAAGACCUUGAAAAGUUCAACAAGGGGAGAACUUGGGCCUGGACCGAUUGUAAAGAUCUGCUUCUUGGCUAUAAUAUGUGUCUUGGCCCUGGAAAUCCGCCAAUGCCACCUCCACAGGAGGGUGCUGAGUGUGGUCCUUUGGUCCCGGGCACCAAGAGGCCUACAAACAAGUCAGUUUCGAUCGCAGAUCUUAACCCUUGUCCUUUGAAGGCUUGUUGCAGCAACUGGGGCUUUUGCGGUGUUUUCCCUGCUCACUGUACAGAUAACUCACCAGAAGGCGGUGGACCUGGGUCCAAAAAGAAAGGCUUCCAGACAAGCUGUGUCUCCAAUUGCGGCAACAAGAUCAAGCAGAAUUCCGGACCUCCUUCCGCUUUUCAGCGCAUAGGUUAUUAUGAAGCGUAUGGAAUGAACCGCGACUGCCUUUGGUUGAACGCUAAGGAUGCUAAUACAGAUGGGUCGUAUACUCAUAUCCAUUGGGCAUUUGCGUCAAUCGAUCCAAACACUUGGAAACCAGUGAUCAAGGAGGGCAAGAGCCAGUGGGCAGACUUCAAAAAGCUCAAAGCGAAGCGAAUUGUCUCGCUAGGCGGCUGGGCUGAUUCAACAGAGCCUGGAAAAUACAACAUCAUUCGAUCGGCCAUCAUCAACAACAGAGAGACCUUUGCGACAAACUUAGCAAAGUUUGCUGACGAGGAGGGAAUUGAUGGUAUCGAUAUUGAUUGGGAGUAUCCUGGAGCCCCUGACAUCGAAGUUGGUGGCAAACCUAUUGGACAGAAGCGAGAUGGCCUUGACUAUUUGCGUUUUCUUACCGUUCUUAGAAGCAAGAUGAACUACAACAAACUUGUUUCUAUGGCCGCCCCUGCAUCAUACUGGUAUCUUAAGGCUUUCCCUAUUGACAAGAUCGCCGAAGUCGUUGAUUACAUUGUCUACAUGACCUAUGAUCUGCACGGUCAGUGGGACUAUGGGAACCCCAAUGCCUUUGAUCAAUGCGAGUCUGGGAAGUGCAUACGAAGCCACGUUACCAAGGCCGGCGUCCCUAACAACAAGAUCUUUGUUGGAGAAGCUAGUUAUGGAAGAUCCUUUCAUAUGGCACAGGAUGGCUGCUGGAAACCGAACUGUGAAUUUACUGGCUCCAGAAUAAAGUCAGAUGCAGCCCCUGGAAGGUGUACCAAGACUGGCGGGUAUCUCGCCUUUGCUGAGAUCAUGGAACUCCUCAGAAAAGGAGUUAGCGGCAUGCGGGCCUUCUAUGAUUCUGACUCGGAAUCUGAUAUCAUGCUCUACAAAGGAGACUAUAUCAGCUAUAUGACUCCCAAGACCAAAGAUUCAAGGCGUGAUAAAUGGAAAGGCCUGAACUUUGCUGGGAGCAUUGACUGGGCCGUCGACUUACAAAAGUUCACUUCUGUAGAUUUCGACGCGCCGGUCAAAAGACCAGACUCGGGUGAGGGAUGCAUCCAAGGCGAAGAUAAAACCGACAACACAGGCUCAUUGUGUACAGGCACUUUGAAGAAGCUUCCAUCAGAGGAUAAGAGCAAGAAGGCCACAGCUUACGACGAAGAGGAUGCCGAUCUCAAUCGUCUUUGUCGGCCAAACGACGAAGAAGCUGAUGGAGGUGAUGACGAGGAUGACGGGCUAUCCUGGAAUGAACAGCCUAACGCAUUCAACUACACCGAUGCCAAGUGGCAGAAUGCGCACAAGUGCUACAUUUACAAGGAUACGACCAAGGGCGAAGACAGCCUGAACCCAUGCAAAAGCGUUUGCCAGCCAUUGCUAGAUGAGGCGGAAGAAGAAGGGAGAACGUCUAAUUACGGAUGUGUAGGGUUAUUUCCUCUCGAUGAGGAGAUUCCUUGGCAAAGAGCUCCCGGAUCAACUGACUUGGUUGCUCCGGGGCAAUGCAACUGCGACAACUUCCUGGUCAAUUACUUCGCAGAUACUAUCAUCGAAGCCUUGCCCAUAAUUGCUCAGAUCGGCUGUUACAUCCUUAUGGCAUCCCUCAAGUUCGUUCUUGACGCCGGGACAUCAUUUAUACCCGGGCGUCCAGGAAAGGUGCUUGAUGCAGGAUUAGACAUGGCUGCUACAGCGGCCCAGACUCUCUCGUACAUCUACCCCAAGGAGGAGAAGCCAGAAGAGGCUUUUGGGUGGUGGUUCAGCGUGUGUGGUGGAACCGACCUCGUCCCAGAUGAGAUCAAACAGAUUUUUGAUGUUUUGAACUCAAUACCAGACGGCAUGACGAGCUUUAAGCCGCCCAGGAAGAUCAAAAAGGGUAGUGGUAAGAAGGGAGACGAGGGCAAUCCGAGAGCCCCGACAAAGCCAAGGCCCAAGCCGCAGCCACCCAAGAAGAACGGCGGAGGUGGCAUCUCGAAAAACAAACGUUGCAACGUGAAGCCGAGCAUGUCGACAAGGAGACUCGGGGCUGCAAAAAACACUCUCCGUCUUCUCAGUUGCGACAAAAACUCGGUAACGCAGACUCGAGAUUUGAUUGUAACGUCCAUGUCAUAUGCAGCGAACGCGAAACCGCUCCCAGUCACAGGCAGAUGUUUGACGAAAUGGGGUCAAGCAUGCUAUCACUAUAGCUCAGCCAUCAAGAAUAACCCCUCAUGGUCAACCAUUACAUGCCCGCAAGAAGCCGCCACGACGACGCACCGCGAGGAUGCCAAAGCAACUGCUGUCUGGAAAAAGGAACACGAUCCAAGCUGGCUACAGCAAAAGGAUCGGAAGCAUAAAGCUCAAUGCGAUAUGGAUGAAUACCCUCCCGCGUACCUGCUCACGAAGGCCGACCCGGCAUGGCAGUUUGCCGGAAAAGAUAAAAGAGGACAGCGGCUGAGAUAUUUACCCCAUGAUGAGAAUGCGGGAGCUGCACUUAUGUGGACAAGCAUCUGCCUCAAAACACCUCUUGGCAGGCUGAGCGAUUCGGAGCUGUGGAAUCGCAUCAAGCGCGGCACCAACAAGCAGGCCACUCAUCCAACAAACCAGAAGGAGGUGAUGAUGAUGGAGAUCGUAAUUGGCGAGCGACCUGAGUUCAGCAUUAGUUACGACCACGAGAGGAACCCCAAACCAGACGCUGCACUGGCCGACAAUCCAUGCUUGCCUGACAAGCUGGCUGUCAAUGACCCUGGAUUUGCGCUGUUGAAGUUGGACGAAUGGUAUGACAAUAACCCAAAGGGAGCGAAUGGGGCGCGAACAAAGUGGGAUUAUUCCAAACCAUACGUGAAGAAAACAAACGGAGAUUGA